ACUUAAAGCAGUUAGUGGGUUAUUCAAUAAAGUGCACUUUGUUAGAUAAACAGAGUUUCAUAAAGACUACUUAUAUUUUUAUUCAAUUAAUGGAAAAGGCAAACAUAAACAAUCCUCCAAUGGAUUAUACAUCACCGCCCUCUUACGAUCAGGCAACUGGAAGCAGUACCGAUCAGACACCACAACAACGAUCAUAUCCCAAACCACCAUUAGGAUUUAUUCCCGCUGAUAACUAUUCAAAUAUGCCACCAGUUCAACAACAGCCAAUCUAUCCAACAAAUUACCCCCAACAACAAGGACAACCACCAGCACCGCAACCCACAAGGGUUGUUUACAUUCAAAAUCAUGUGCUUCCACUUGGACCAAGAGAAGUCUACUUAACUUGUCCUCACUGUCAUAUUCAAAAAUUAUCUAGAAUUGAGCCAGAGCCCAGUUCAAAAACCCAUCUUAUGGCUGCACUUUUAUGUAUUUUAGGAUUUUGGUGUUGUGCUUGCUUGCCAUAUUGCAUAGAAAGUUGCAUGAAUAUUAAUCAUUACUGUGGAAAUUGCAAUACUUUUCUUGGCACAUAUACUGGAAAUGGUUUACAUUGAAAUUGGGUUUUUCAAAUAUUUCUAUAGAAAUAUGUACUUAUAGAAACCUUAUAGAAACCUACGUGUAUUUUUUAUUAAACUUAUUUAUAUAUGUAUAUUUUUUAUCUUGGUAAACAGACAAAAACAAACAAAUAUGUGCUGUUUACUCAAUUGUAAAUAUUUUUAUCAUCAACUAAAAGCGAUAACCAAAGUUCUUCUUUGCAUUAAUAUAAAUUUUUAUUCAAGUUGUUGUCUUUUAUUACACUUCAUAUAACGCUAAUUAGAGUGUUAAAGAAUUUAAUUCCGGUGACGAAUUGAUAAAAGUUGAUAUCAAACAUGUGAUAGUAAAAAUGUUGUUUUCUGAUAUAAAAAAUUAAUAUCUAUAAAACUCUGGGAUUUUGGGUGAAAAGUUUUGGGGAUUCCCAAUCCAGAAUUGAUUGAAUUUUUCAUUGAAAUUGUUGACGCCAAUGCACUUUUGAAAACAUUUAUUGUUAACUAAAGAAACAGGUUUAGGAAUUUUUGAUUGGCGUUGUAUGGUAUGGUGAAAUAAGGGGAAAAAAACUUGUAAGCUCGAAUCAUUGACACGAGUAGACUUAAUCAAUUAAUCAAAAUAUUAAAAAUAAAAAGAUGUAAGAGUAAUAAAAUAUAAGAACUCUCGGUCGCAGAUACUUGCUCUAAAAAUACAAGUUGAUUGUUAAAUUUUUUGAAAUUGAAAAUUAAAUUAAAAUACCUAAAUAAAUAAUAUAUACAAUCUGAAA